CUAAUGGGUAUGAGUCAGGCCAUGAAAGGAUGAGAAAGAAGAAAGUGAAGGUGGGCUGAUCAGGGACGACGACGCGACCAAAUUCAAGCACUGGCAGAAUGAAGUCCCAAAAUAUAGCUGACUCUCUGCUGAAGUUCUCCUUGCGUCUGUACAAGCAAGUCCUUUGUCAUCAAAACAACCACAUUGAUAACGUCGUCUGCUCACCCAUAAUCAUCGCCGCCGCGAUCUCCAUCCUGCUCGCCGGUGCCCGCAACAAAACUGCCAAGGAACUGUACGGCUUGCUCCAGGUAAAGGGGAGUGUCGAUAAGUUGCGCGAUCAUUUUUCCGCGCUUCUCGCCGACCUAAAUACAUACGCUCCCGAGGCCUCCUUCCACGUGGCAAGCCGGAUGUACAGCGAGCAGCAGCUCCCGGUGCAAGCCGCCUACAUAUCCCUUCUGCAAAAUUUCUUCGGGACGACGGUCAAGUCCGUCGACUUCAGGAACAGCCACGAAGCGGCGCGGCAGGAAGCGAACGCGUGGGUUGCGCAGGAGACGGCCUCCAAGAUUCGGGAACUCAUCCCGCCGGGAAUUGUCGACGCCGAUACAGCGUCGAUCCUGUUGAACGCCGUCUACGUCCAGGGAUUCUGGCAGUCUCCCUUCCAAUGGAGAUACACCAGACCGCAAGAGUUUCACGUGGACUCCGGGAACAGCGUUCUGGUAGACAUGCUUUACCAGCACUGUACCUACAGGGUGGGACACUCGGAUGCUCUGAGGGCCAGGGCCGUGGAGAUACCGUGCAGAGGUCUGAAGGUUUCCAUGGUCAUCGUCCUUCCAGACGACCCGGACGGACUCGCUCUUCUCCAGGAGAGACUGACACCGGCCAGACUCUGCGAGCUUCUGUCUAGCCUCAAAAUGGUCAUGAACGUGGAAUUGAGCCUUCCCAAGUUUAAACUCGAUACAAGCAUACUGCUGAAGGACAGCCUCGUUGCCCUAGGCGCAAAGGAGGUGUUCGCUCCCGGCUACGCUGACCUGUCGGGUGUAUUCGAGAUUGGGCGGCCGGCGGUGGCUAAUGUAGUUCACAAGACGUUCGUGGAGGUCGACGAGGGAGGCAUGGGCGCGGCGUGUUGGAGCGCCAUGACGACUCCCAUGUGGUGUGCAACGAUGCCCCUUUACUCAACGCGCUUUGUCGUCGACCAUCCAUUCAUGUUCCUUAUCAAGAGCAACGAACCGGACGUGAUAAUUUGUCUGGGUUCGGUGCGGAGACCGUGAGCACAGGCAAGAUGGGGAUCCGCAUUGCCAAAUUUUCAUUGAACAUAUAUACCGCGAAAUUUCUUACAUGGUCCACUUCGAGGAAAGGCUUUAUGCUGCACGCGAUGAAGUGUAUAUCUAAUUCAAGAAUGCAUUCACAUACAGAAUGACGUGCUAAGAUGCAAUAAA